AUGAUGGAAAGGCUGUUCAAACACGACACAGGUACGCAACGGCAGUCCGUGAAGUUACGCUACGGUUGUUCUGGAAGCUACGUUACGGCGGUUCGGGAAGCUACGCAACUGCGGUUCGGGAAGCUACGGUACGGCGGUUUGGGAAGCUACGCAACUGCGGUUCGGGAAGCUACGCCACUGCGGUUCGGAAAGCUACGCCACUGCCGUCCGGGAAGCUACGUUACGACGACUCAGGAAACUACGCAACAGCGGUCCGGGAAGCUACGCUACUGCGGUCCGGGAAUCUACAGUACGGCGGUUUGGGAAGCUACGCAACUGCGGUCCGGAAAUCUACAGUACGGCGGUUUGGGAAGCUACGCAACUGCGGUUCGGGAAGCUACGCAACUGCGGUCCGGGAAGCUACGUUACGGCGGUUCGGGAAGCAACGCAACUGCGGUCCGGGAAGCUACGCAACUGCGAUCCGUGAAGCUACGUUACGACGACUCAGGAAGCUACGCAACUGCGGUCCGGGAAGCUACGCAACUGCGUUCCGGGAAGCUACAGUACGGCGGUUUGGGAAGCUACGCAACUGCGGUUCGGGAAGCUACGCAACUGCGGUCCGGGAAGCUACGGUACGACGACUCAGGAAGCUACGCCACUGCGAUCCGGGAAGCUACGCAAAAUGCGAUCCGUGAAGCUACGUUACGACGACUCAGGAAGCUACGCAACUGCGGUCCGGGAAGCUACGCCACUGCGGUCCGGGAAGCUACAGUGCGGCGGUUUGGGAAGCUACGCCACUGCGGUUCGGGAAGCUACGCCACUGCGGUCCGGAAACCUACGGUACGACGACUCAGGAAGCUACGCAACUGCGGCGCGGGAAGCUACGCAACUGCGGUCCGGGAAGCUACGUUACGGCGGUUCGGGAAGCUACGCUACUGCGGUCCGGGAAGCUACGCAACUGCGAUCCCUGAAGCUACGUUACGACGACUCAGGAAGCUACGCCACUGCGGUCCGGGAAGCUACAGUACGGCGGUUUGGGAAGCUACGCAACUGCGGUCCGGGAAGCUACGCAACUGCGGUCCGGGAAUCUACAGUACGGUGGUUUGGGAAACUACGCAACUGCGGUUCGGGAAGCUACGCCACUGCGGUCCGGGAAGCUACGGUACGAUGACUCAGGAAGCUACGCAACUGCGGUUCGGGAAGCUACGUUACGACGACUCAGGAAGCUACGCAACUGCGGUCCGGGAAGCUGGUAUGGCGGUUUGGGAAGCUACGCAACUGCGGUUCGGGAAGCUACGCCACUGCGGUCCGGGAAGCACAUACGACGACUCAGGACUACGCAACUGCGGCCCUGGAACUGCGGCCUGGUGGUCCGGGAAGCUACGCAACUGCGGUCCGGGAAGCUCCGGGACGUUACGGCGGUUCGGGAAGCAACGCUACUGCUGUCCGUGA